AUGAGGUGCCACGCCGCUGCGGUCCUGACCCUCUUACGACCCGUAGCGGCUCUCGUGGCGCCGCCCCCCAUGCGACCCCAUGAUACCGCGGCGCCGCCAAAGUCGUCGCCGGCGGGCGCGAGCACACCCAUUGACGGCGGCGGACUCGCGCACUACAAGAUACCACAGCAGCUCGUGAUGACGGCGAAGUCGGGCACUCUCGACGAUUUGCCCGAGAGGACGCUGGCCAACGUCCGCAGCACGCUGGCGCUGAACCCCGAGCUGCGGGUGCGGUUCCUCAACGACUCGGCGUGCGCCGAGUUCAUCGGGAGCCACUACGGGGCGGAACUGCUCUCCGCGUUCAGCAGCGAGAGGGUGGGGGCCUACAAGGGAGACAUCUGCAGGGCGGCGGUGGUCGCGGUCGAGGGCGGCUUCUACGCGGACCUGGACGUGCAGUUCCGUCUGCCCUGCUCAGGGCGCCCUAAGCCGGAGGGAUAG